CGUGGGACAUUCUGCAUGCAAAGCAGAUGCUCUUACGCUGAGCUCCCGCGCUUCCCCAAAUCAAAGGGUAGGUUGUCUCUGUGGGCGGGAUUUAUCAGAGAAAGCUGCCGAGUCAGGCCAUGGAUCCGUCUAGCUCAGAACUUCCAGCAGCGCACCCUCCAGUGUUUUAAGGCAGGAUCCUCGUCCCCUUCCCCCAGUCGUACUGGGAGAUGCCCGGGACCUGGGACUUUGGGACGCGCAAAGCAGGGCCAAGCCUCGCACAGGAUUCUGCUGUUGCUCAAGCACCAGUCAGCGUUGAAGAUGUCACCUGAAACACUUCCUAUAUUCCAGAAACAAGAGGCCUCUCCUGCAAAUUAUUCGGAAAGCAAGCCAAAGAUCCAUCUUUCAGCUAUCAAGCAAAAUUCAUCCUGUGCCAACAAUGUGCUUCCAAUCUUAGAGUGGACAGUUCGCAGAAAUGAACAGCAUAGUCCAAUGAAGUAUUUCAAUGGUUUCUUGGUGAUCCCAAAAAAUGGAUAUUACUUUGUCUACACUCAGGUCACUUUCCGAUGUCCUGAUGGUACAUGUGAAAACAUAGAGUACUGUGGGAAGAAAGGAGUGGAUGUAAGAAACGUAAUGCAGGUGGUUUCACUGAAGAGCCCAAGCUAUCCUGCACCUCGCCCAAUCAUGAAAGGCGAGAGUUCCAUUGACAAUUAUGGAAAAUGGAAGAAAACCAUUUAUGUUGGAGGUAUUUUCCAGCUAUGGGAAGAUGACACACUCAUGGUCAAUGUCAGCAAUCCUGCACUGGUGGGAUUUGGUGGUGAAGGAGACAUAACCUACUUUGGUGCUUUCUUAAUCUAACUGCCCAUUUGAAACCAUGGAUUCUCCCACUACAGCCCAGAAUUUCCACAAUGCAGUGUAAUAAAAGGAUGCUGCCUACAAAUGCUUCCAAAAAUUUCCUCUGCUGACAUGGCCUUGAUGGGGAAGUUCUAAAGUACUGGUCUUGUUUUCUGAAGUUGAGUUGAGGGAUCUGGAAUCCUUCCAUGUCACAUAAAUGCUGGUUUUGAGUGUAUUCUGCCUGCUCAGCUCCCUGAGCUUUCAGUUCUUUCAGGAUAGUGAAUCCACAGCUUAGAACAUAGGAAAUUGCCAAUUCUACUCUGGGCCCAUUGGUCCAUCUCGCUCAGUAUUGUCUACACUAACUGACAGCAACUCUCUAGGGUUCCAGGAAUGGGGUCCUUCCUAUCCCUAACUGGAGAUGCUGGGGACCAAACUUGAGACCUUCUGCAUGCAAAGCAGAUGCUCUACCACUUAUCUAGGACCUUUCUCUGAACUUCAUUUGCUCACACAUAGAGUUGUGUCAGGAGUCAUUUUUAAGCAAUAAUUUUCUGAUUUGCACAUACACCACCACCAAAGCAAACAAAUGAAAAAUAAACUUUUGGUUUGGUGUUUUACCAAUGACUGGGAGAGUUCGUAUGCACACUUUAGCACGUAGAUAAAAAUACUAUCACACACACAAUCAUAGAAUUGCAGUUGGAAGGAACCCCAAGGGGCAUCUAGUCCAACCUCCUACAACGCAGGAAUCCUGCCCACAGCAAUCUCUGGGUGGACUCAAACCACCAAUCUUUCAGUUAGCAGCCAGACACACUGACGCAUUGUACACCACUGGCAAAGUUUUGGUGUGGUGUUUUAUCAAUGACUGAGAGUACAUGUGCUCAUGAAUAAAAACAUAGCAUAAAAAUAAUAUUGAUAAUAAUAUUGAUUUCAUCCAAAGACAUUGUGAGACCUGAAGCACAGCACAGAGGAAUAGCACAGAUUUUGCUAUGAUUUAUACUUGCUGAUUUAUUAUUCACAUAUAUGCCACUUCCAAUGGGAAGGUCAAUCUGUAAAAAAAAAAAAAAAA